UUAAAGCUAAGCAGCUCCAUUUCGCAGCACCACCUGAUCUUCCACUGCCUGUGCCCCAUAUAAAGGCUGGCGUGAUUGCUGAUCUCAGCUAGUCUGACAGUCUCUCUCUCCCUCCUCUCUCUGUCUGUCUCCAUCUCUUCUCUUCCUCACUGGUCCCUUAAGCCUGCUGCAUCACAGGAGCUAUCCAGUGCUGAACAGGAUCGCUUUUAUUUUUUAUUUUUUUUAUUUUUCCGGGGGAAGCUUGGGGAAAUCAGAGAGUAUCACACAGCAUUGCCGUCAGCCUCGUUCUCCACUGGUUUCCAUUUUUUUUCUUAUCUUAUGUUUUUGACCAUAUUAACCACAAGGAUUACCAUCAAGCCAGCUCGGGUUUUGCGCUUCCUCAGAGGGUCUUUCAAUUUUUUCUCAUGCGUUUUUCUCAGCUCUGUGUGUUUAUCCAUUGAAACAUGCCCCGCUCAUUUUUGGUGAAGAAGAUCAAGCUUGAUGAUUUCUCUUCGUCCAAUGUGGCCACCUCCAAUCAUCAUCACCACCUGGACGACUCAUUCACUUUUGCACGCUCCAUCACAGACUCGGUAACCAGCCUUGGGGUUCGUCUCAGUGAAAAUGGAUACAUCCAGGAUUACAUCACGCCAACCGUAUACCAGGGGGAGAAGAAGAUGGAGCAUAAGUUGGCUUCACCGGUGUCAGACCCCCUGUACACCCAGGUGAACAGCGGGGGGGAAUACUGCGACCCCGACCUGAAGCACCCCGACAGUCCCCAGUCAGGCAUGACCGCGAGCGGCUUCUACAGUGGUGAAUCGGAGGCCCUGGCCGAGGGUUACACCAUGGAUGCCUUCUUCAUCUCUGACGGCCGCUCGAGGCGGAAGGGGGAUGGGGACAGUCGCGGGGGAGGCUCGAGGAGCAGCAGUGCGAACGGUGGGGCUCAGGAGAGGGCGGCCGGCUUGCCUCGCCACACCUGCAACGAGUGCGGCAAGACGUACGCCACCUCCUCCAACCUCAGCAGACACAAGCAGACGCACCGCAGCCUAGACAGCAAGAUGGCCCGCAAGUGUCCCACCUGUAAUAAAGUGUACGUGUCCAUGCCGGCGUUGGCCAUGCACAUCCUCACCCACGACCUCAAGCACAAAUGCGACGUGUGCAGCAAGGCCUUUAGCCGGCCGUGGCUGCUGCAAGGGCAUAUGCGCUCACACACAGGAGAGAAGCCCUUUGCCUGUGCCCAUUGUGGCAAAGCCUUUGCUGACCGUUCAAACCUCCGCGCCCACAUGCAAACACACUCUGCCUUCAAGCACUACAGAUGCAAGCGUUGCAAUAAGACCUUCGCUCUCAAGUCCUACCUGAACAAGCACUAUGAGUCAGCUUGCUUCAAGGGCUCUGCAGAUGAAGAUGACUCUGGAUCAGAAAACUAACCACAUGGAAGAAGCUAAAUUUGAACCCCUGUUGUAGGUUCACAACCAAUAACCCUGUUCACUCUGCCCUCCAUGCCUUUUUUCUUCCCUUUUUUUAGAAAGCAAUAUUUUCACUGAGAUUACGUGAAGAAACUCUAAUGAUUAUGGCAAAGACAAUUUCAAAAGAUGCUGGAUUUUUUUCCCUGCACAGUAGCUAAUCAUCCACAGAAACAUACAAUCAAACAAACUUCCCCAAAAUAGAGACUGUAGAUGAUAGUUGUUCACCGUUCAGCAACAUGUGCUCACACACACGUGGGAGCAUGUACACACACUGACACACAUUCAAAAACUCAGACAUGCACACGUGAACCCACACUCACACACAGACACGCUCAUGUAUGCACAUGCACACAAACACACACACACACACACACAAUUAUAUAUGAGGCCUGGCAUGUGAAUUUUUAUCAAUGACUAUAAUGAUAUUGAUAUCAAUAGUAAUAAUAUUUAGAUUCCUGAUAUUUUAUAGGAAAUAGUAAUGAGAAAAAAGAAAAAAAAACAUAAAAAAGGACUAACAGUGUUCUUUUGUUUUUUAGAGACAAAAUGACCUCUUGUAUUUUUAUGCUGCUUUUUAUUUGCUAAGAAUUGAAUUCUUUUGCAACUGCCAACAUGAAGUUUUUAUGAAAAUGUGAACUAUGACAGUAUUUGCAAAAAAAAGGGAGAUCAUUUUAAAAGGUAAAAAGACAAACCCCUUUUUUUCCACACCAAUGUUUUAAUUCAACGGAUGUUAUUUUUCUAUUUGAUUUUUCUAAACUUAUUUUUUUGUGCUUGUUAUCCCUUGUUGAUUGAAAAAAAUCUUUGUAACUGUGGGUACUUAAAAAAAAGCAAAUUUUAAAUAAGCUAUAAAAUAUCAUAAGUCAUUCAAUUAAAUUCUGCAAGAGCAGUGAUUUUAAGAUUUUGGCCUGUUGAACAGGUUAUCACUCACUCCGUCUGAUUAAAUGCGUAGUCUCACCCUGAUGUACAGAUUUGGACAAAACACUGAGAGCAUGACCAAAUGAUCCAAGAAGUGCCGUGUGUGGUUGACUCAUCUAUAGCAAUGAAAACUCGUUGUUCUUCCUCCACCAUGGUGGCUUGCAUAAACUCUGCUGCCUUUAUGGUGCAUCGUACAGUCUUAACAAGCAAUCUUCACCCAGUAUUUGAGGUGCACCCCCUCCACCAGUAUUACCUCAGAGUGAAGGUAUGGACUGACACACCCUCAGUUACAAAGUGACAGCCAAAUUUUUGUGUUUGUCUGUUUUAUAUGUCGCUAAAAGCUCUGCCCAUGGUUUAGAUGCAUACCAUCUAUUUAUCAUGUAAAUACUUUAUUUAUCUUCCUAUUUAUCUAUUUAUUUAUUAAUUCACCUUAUUUUUGUGUAUUUAUUGAAGACUCACCUAUUUAUCAUGUAUUUAUUUAUUGUUUAUGAUUUCAAAAAGAACAUCCAUUGAUCUGGUAAGAUGCUGCUGAUCUUCAAAGAAAAUGUUUAUAUGCAUGAAACUGUAGAGAGUCCACGGGACUUAGUUUUUAAAGAGGAACAAUGUACAGUACCAGUGCUAGAACACUUCCAGCGAAUGAAUGCAGAUUUGUUUUUAGUUUUGUGGCAAUAACCUGACUGACAAAGCAAAUGACAUGUAAAACAAUCAGCUGUUCUGUUUACGGUCAACUUAGGGCAAUAAAAAGAAACAAUGAUAACAAAACACAAACAAACUCCUUAUCUUGCUGUUUUCCCAAAAGCCCACUUCUCCCCUUAACUGGAAUAUCGUUUACUUUUUUUGGCCCCUUUCUUUAUUCAAAUUUAAGGCAAUAACUAAUUCCCAGAAAUAGUCUACGCUAAUGUUGGAUGUACCCGGAAAAAUGUAAAAUUGAAAGUCUAGUUAGCUCCAAAGUUGCAGACGUGUAAAAGCAAUAACGGUGGUGAAAGCAACCAUGACCAUAAAACAAUACAAGAGUUAACUUGCCUGGAAAAAGGCUGCUAUUCCUUAAAUUUAACAGAAUCCCAAGAUAAUAAAUCUCAUUUACCCCCCCCGAAAUAAUAAAAGAUUUAAAUUCAGUCAAAUUCACAACUCAUCUCUAAUACAUGAGACGCAAGAGUCCCCCCUCUGAGAUGAUGGGUUUGUUUUAUCUUAACUUGCAUGAAAGAAAUAAUGUAGAUGUGAAUUGCCUUGGUAGAGAAAGUUUUCAAGCCUGCUGUAAUAGAUUGAUGCGCAGUAAUGCACUUCCAACUCCCACUUCCUUUGUCCCACAUUACUCCCCCUCCUCCUCAUCACCCAUCCUCAUCCUGUCCCAACUGCCUCUAAACAGACGCAGCAAGGAUGAAAUGCACUGAAGUGGGAUUGGUGGAGGGUGGUGGAGUGUGGGAGGAUAACAGGUGUUUGUAGACAGACUGCAGAUAGGGAGCGUAAUUGAGUCGGUGAGCGACCUCCAAGGGGAAGGUCAAGCACCAGCAGGCAAAUGCACUGUCAGCUAUUUGCAUAUUCCAAAUUGAUGGCACCAUCAAAGUAAUGCUGAGCUCACAGUGAAAAGCAGGAAAAAAAAGCAAAACAAAAAGAAGAAAAGAAAGAAAAUCACUAAAGUGAGGAGAAAAUUGAGCAAAAAAGGAGCUUCUGCUUUGUUUGUUAAUCUUCUCCUCUCCGUUUCCCCAUCAUUCUGUCUAAAGCUGCAGCUGAAUCACUGCAUGAGAGCGUCCAAACCACCUGUCCCUUGAUUAGCUUGCAAAACACGCAGACUGCCACGUCGCUGUCUCAUUACACAAAAGCAGAAAUCAUCUCCGAAAGAUUCUUAUAUACGUUUACUAUUUCAUGCAUCUUCAAAAUCUGGGGGCUAUGUUUUAAUGUGUCGGAUAAUGGCACUGAAAUCAUUAAAAAUAUCACCUAGAAAUGUACAGUUUCUCGAGGCUUGUAACUAAAACUGGCAGUAUUAACGAUCUUCCCCUGAGAAAAUACUAAUUACUGGGAUGGAGGCACAAUUUGAACGCAAACUCUUGCAUUUGGAUAGAGGGAAACAUUGUUCCUCUUUGAUGAUUUUGUAAAUAUAUUUGUAAAUACAUCACAGCAAUAAUAUGACAAUGCAUGUAGACAUUUAAUUGCUCUUUUUCUAUUAAUGUUGUCUUUUUUUCUAUUAAAAAAGACAAAUACAGGUACUAAUUGCAGUCUGGGUGGCCAUGUGAAUCAGGGAGUGUCUUGAUUAAGAAGCUGUUAUAAGUUAAAACGCAAACUUCCAACUCUGUGUAUUCUCAAAGAUUUGAUCAUGUUCUGUAUGAUUCCUCUGUUCCUCUUUUUAUUUAUGUGCCCAGCUUGGCUGCACAAUGAAAAAGUGCCAAAAAGUAUGAUUUCCAUGACAAAAGCCUUCAACAUAUGGUUGGCUGCUUGAAACCUUCCAUAUGGUCCUCAAAGAAAAAAAACACUGAUUAAGAUUUUCUCACUUCCUUUCUCAUUCUCUUUCUCUUUCUUUAUCUCUCUCUCUCUCUUUCUCUCUGUUGCAGCUGAGUAUGAAGAAAUUUAAGCCAUGAUUGCUGAGGGGUGUUUUGAUUUAUCUCGUUCUGCUAAAAUUACUAAUGACAACAAUAGCAAUGACAUUAACAUUAAUAAAAAACAAU